UAAUCUGUAGAGUUUGAUGUACUAUUGAGAAUAAUAUAGAAUUUCUCUGAAUAAUAUUUUUGCUAUACCGAUUUCACAACAUAUUUCUUUUCCAGAGGUUUUUAAUAAUUUCUAUUGUAUUUACAUAAUUAAAACUGGUGUCAGUGGGCUUUUUACAUUUAAAUUUACUGUGUUGUCAAGAAUUAUACUUUAGAAAAACACAAAGAUAUCGCGUCAUACGUCUUUUGAUCAAAUAAAUUCAAGAUGGGGAAAGGUUUCAAUAAUUAUAUGUGUAAGAAGUUUUUUCAUCCUGCAUCCAGGGACAACUUGAAAAGAGUAUGGAUGGCUGAACAAAAGACUGAUGCUUACAAAAAGAAACAGGAAGAGUUAAGAGUACAGUAUGAGAAAGAACAAGAACUUCAUGAAAAUAAAGCCCUUCUGAGCAAGGAUAGUAAAGACAAACUAAGCCUAAAUUUUAUGUAUGAACCACCACCAGGUGUUAAAAAGGAGAGAGAACGUGAGGAUAAUGAGCCAGAGUAUAAGUUUGAAUGGCAACGGAAAUACAAUGCACCAAGAGAAAGCUAUUGUAAAGGUGAUAAUGAAAUCAGAGAUCAGCCUUUUGGAAUUCUAGUGAGAAAUGUAAGAUGUAUAAAAUGCCACAAAUGGGGACAUAUUAACACAGACAAGGAAUGUUCAAUGUAUUCUCUCUCAAUGAGUGAAGCAAGAGCAUUACAAGCAUCAGCAUCAGCACCUGAAACUGAAGAAGAGAAGCCAGAUGUACCAACCCUUAUGCAACAAAUGAGGGACACAGGACUUGUUAUGAAAGCAGCGGCAAUGCCACUUUCUGCUGGGAAGAUAGUUGAUAAUGAUCCAUCGUUCAGUGAAACUGAUUUGAUCAGCCAACUAACUAAGAAACAGAAGAAAAAGUUGUUGAAAAAAUUGGAAAAACUAGAAAAGAAGAAAGAAAAGAAGCAGAAACACAAAUCAAAGCACUGACAAAAGGAUUUUGAAUAUCAUUUAUGAGUGAACCUAUAAAUCUAAAAUAAUACUUAAUAAAACAAACUUGUGUCAUUAUGAAAAA